AUGGCUGCAGUUGCUGCUCACACUGAGCCCAACUUCCCUUUCCCAAAGAUCGAUGGCGGCAAGAACAGGAGCCCGACAUGGCUGAUGGGAAAGGAAACAUAA